AGAGAAAACGCUUCGACGCUCAAGUCAACAAUACUAGAUAUUCUAGAGAGAGAUGCUCUCAAAAGAGUAAUUAUAGAGAGAGAAGCGUAAAGAUUAAUUACCUUCAUCGGAGAUAGUUGAGGGGUAUUUAUUGCCCCAAGUGCUAACAUGCAUCUGUACAUGUAAGCAUCUCAUUGGCCCAUGUGGCACUGGUCACGUGGGUAUGUCUCCUCCUCUUGGGCCUAUGGGUGCAUAGUUGGGCCUACUGCAUGUGGCCCGAAGCGAGUGUUGGGCCUAAUCUCAACAUUACUCCCCUCUCGGUGUUCGGUUGAUGAACUGGGUUAAGAGUCUUAUUAGCAUGGUGUUUGACCCUGAGGAUGAAGAGUGACGUUUUAUGUUCAUGACCGACCUUGCACACGGGCGAUCUGGGCAGCCUGAAGCCAGGGUGGCCAAGUCUGAUGUGUAUGUGUAUGCCGGCUUCCUACCGGGCAGGUGUGGGGAGCUGCUGUUAAAACCAAGCGAGCUCGGUGCUAAUCAGCGAGCCGAAUAGGCGAGCUCGGUGCUAAUCAGCGAGCCGAAUAGGCGAGCUCGGUGCAUGUGUUUUGGGCCGUAGCUGAGGUAAAAAUGCAUGACACGGAGUCAGGUGUUAUAGACGUAGUUGAAGUAAAAUUGCAUGACAUGGAGUCAUGUGUUAUGGUCGUAGCCGAAGUAAAAUAAGUGACGCAUAGUCACUAUGGAAAGAGUUGAAGUAAAAUAGGUGACUCAGG